AUUAGAUCAUUUUACUUAAGCUGAUAAUAAUGAUUUGUUUUUGUUAUACGAUAAUGUCUACCACUGAAAGCUACUGAAAACUAGCUUUAUACCCGGAGAUGGGGAGAUGCAGGCUCAGAGAGAUCAACUAAUUGGCUCAAGAGCACACAGCUAGUGAGGGGUCAUUUCUAGGAAUCCUAGAAUUGGAACACAGCUCUAACACUUUGCUCUUUCACCAAUCCCCAAACCACUUGAUUAUCUUGCUACUUUGGAUAGGGCAAUACCUUACUUUAGGGGAAAAAAAAAUCUCCCUUGGCCUGCAAAGACAGCAUUGUUUGGUGUUUUCUGGGUUCAGAAACCGUAAGAAAUCUGGGACAACGCAGAAUGAAAUAUUUGUUGAGUGUCUACACUUGAUCCACAUCUGAUUCUUUUUAAGGGCUUGGACCCUCUGCAAGAGAGAUCAAAAACAUUUAAAAUGAGUCUAGACGCACACACCCUAAUAACUACUCGGCAAGCCAAGCCACCUGUUACCUACCGACUGGAGGAGGGUCUGUAUUUGUGUGUGUGUGUGUGUGUGUGUUGCGGCAGUUAUCUAAAGAAUACGGCUUUCAGCUCCCUAGCCACCAGCCUCCCUAUUCCAGGUACCCCGCCGCACUAAGAGAGCCAGCGCGGGCUCGCGCGCAGGCGCAAGGCAGCCGCUAAGUUCCGCGACUGUGCGGUGCUGACUGUCGCGUGGUGUCCCCGAGUGGUUCCCCUAGGCUACUUCUCCCUCUUCAUCCUGGACUCAGGGUCGCCACUGCCCGUUCUGCAGGCACUUUGCAACCCGUGCCCAGGCCGAGCCAGGCGCAGCCCCUACCCUCUGACCCAGCGUUGCACAAUGCCCGACCAAAGUCCCCGGGCGGGUAAACCCCAGCGUCCCUGCCCCUGGGCGGGGACGGGUGGCGGCCUUGCGGGGAGCCGAGGCGACCAGCGCAGCCGGCUCAGUGCACCGGCGCCGGCCCUCGAGUUCCCCGCGAGCUGCCGCCGCAGACCCCCAAGCCGCUCGGCCCCGCUGCCCGCCGCUCGCCGCUCCCCUCGCAGGCCGCCGCCGCGGUCGCCGCCGCCGCAGCCAUGGCGGAAGUUCAUAGACGUCAGCAUGCCCGGGUUAAAGGAGAAGCCCCCGCGAAAUCCUCCACACACAGACAUGAGGAGGAGCUGGGGAUGGCGUCGGCCGAAACGCUGACCGUGUUCCUGAAGCUGCUGGCAGCCGGCUUUUACGGCGUGAGCUCCUUCCUGAUCGUGGUCGUCAACAAGAGCGUGCUCACCAAUUACAGAUUUCCCUCCUCACUAUGUGUUGGACUUGGCCAGAUGGUGGCUACAGUGGCAGUACUCUGGGUGGGAAAGGCACUCAGAGUAGUCAAGUUUCCAGACUUUGACAGAAAUGUACCUCGAAAGACGUUUCCACUACCUCUACUAUAUUUUGGGAACCAAAUCACGGGACUGUUCAGCACAAAGAAACUGAACUUGCCAAUGUUUACAGUUCUGAGAAGGUUCUCUAUCCUGUUUACAAUGUUUGCUGAAGGAGUUUUACUCAAGAAAACUUUUUCUUGGGGUAUUAAGAUGACUGUAUUUGCAAUGAUUAUUGGAGCGUUUGUAGCUGCCAGCUCUGACUUGGCAUUUGAUCUGGAAGGAUAUGUUUUUAUUCUGAUAAAUGAUGUGCUGACAGCAGCAAAUGGUGCCUACGUAAAACAAAAAUUAGAUUCAAAGGAACUGGGAAAAUAUGGUCUGCUCUAUUACAAUGCACUGUUCAUGAUUCUGCCCACCCUGGCCAUUGCAUACAUUACGGGAGAUGCACAGAAGGCAAUGGAUUUUGAAGGCUGGGCGGACACCCUCUUUCUUCUGCAGUUCACCCUCUCUUGUGUGAUGGGAUUUAUCUUGAUGUACGCCACAGUACUCUGCACGCAGUAUAAUUCUGCUCUUACAACUACAAUAGUUGGCUGUAUUAAGAAUAUAUUAAUAACUUAUAUUGGAAUGGUCUUUGGUGGAGAUUAUAUUUUCACAUGGACAAACUUCAUUGGCUUAAAUAUCAGUAUUGCUGGGAGCCUGGUGUAUUCCUAUAUCACUUUCUCUGAGGAGCAGCUGAGCAAACAGUCGGAGGCCAGUAACAAGCUGGACAAUAAGGGGAAAGGAGCAGUAUGACCUGAGGAUUGCUUCAGCCACCUCGGCCAAGUUUAUGAUCAGCUCGGGACGCUGGCAUUUCCUACACAGAUACGGAGGGGUCUUGGUUACGGAGGACAUACCGUUUCUUUGCACUUGUACAAUCCGAGGAUUGAUUGCUGCCUUUUUAAAUCUUUUGAGAGAAACUUACAACUGAUUCUUUUAAAUAUGCCAUUCGAAUUAAUUUAUAUCAGACUGGAAAACGUACUGGGCUUUUUAAUUUAUUUUUCUUCGAUGCUGACGGUGAAACAUCCAUGUUUUGAAAAUAGUUUAUUCCAUAGCUUGAUCAUCCAGGUGUCCCUGGGAGCUGCAGAUAGAAAGCGCUCCAGCCGGAGCCUCAUCAGUCGCACCAUUGCUGCGUCUGGAGGCAGCUUCGCAUUCCUCUUGCUGGAAACGCAGCUGAGUAUCUGACUUCCUCUGCUUUGAAUUUUCUUUCUGAGCGAUUGCAUUUUCUUCAUAAAGAUAUCAUCACUGCUCUCGCCAGAGAUGACACCUUUGGCACUAAAGAAACAGGUGCGGCUUUGCUGUGUAUGAGUUUGCACAUUGGCUUCCCUGAGAACUCACGGGAUGAGCAGUGUAUGUUCCUUGAAAAUAUCCUGUUCCCUCUUUGUGGGGUGGGGUGGGGAUGAUGAAGGGAUGGAGGAAGUAGGCCUUUUUUACUCUUUUAUUCAUCUGAGUCACUCAUUCAACUAAAGCGUAUUGAGUAUGUGAUACGUGCCAGGCAUUGUGCUCCGUGCUGGGGGUAGGAUAUUGUUGGAGUAGAUGCCUGAUCUUGCUUCCGCUGUAGUGACCAAGGGUGACACCGAGAAUUUAGCUCUGUUGGUUUAUUCAGAAGACGUGAUGACGAGGAACAAGUCAUGGAAACUUUUCAGCUCUCAGAAAGCGCAGGUCUGGGAAUGGGUUUAAAAGCCUCUGUCUUCAGCCCAGAGCGAUGUGAAACUGAAUCCUACACUGUAGCUCAAAUGCACGGGGAAAGCUGCCGUCGUAAACCUCGCAGCUCAGCCUUUCUUCUCCGGGAAAAACAGCAAGCAGGUGAGCACCAUCUCUUUCGCCACGCUUCCUGCCUCUGGGUUUGGUUGCUCCUCUUUUUCCUCCUCUUGGAAUCCACGCGGCUCUGUCUUCCAUUUCUGAAUACCUUGGUUUGAGAGGAAAGGCAGUUGAGAUUUUCUGCCUUGUGGAGGCUCGGACUUUGGCAGCAGCAGUGUCAGAACCAGCACCUUCCCUUCUGCUUAAACGGAGCAGCAUCCCUCUUUCUUGUGGACCCUCCCACCUCCGUCCCACAUCUCUCGGUCACUUCCUACACAUCCUCCCUCCUCUCGGGAGCUGGGCUGCCUCCUGCGAGAGCAGCUGUGGGUGGACGUUGCCUGAGUUGCCUCUCUGGGUGAGUCGGGUGUGUUAACUCACACACAGUAGUGUGACUUGGCUUAAGACACCUGUUGACUUUGGAGGUGGCGUGUUUUCUCAGGCAGCUGUGCAGUCAGUGUGCAAGAGGUUGGGUACUUCCAUUUCAUUAGGUUCGCAGUUUACUGGGCGUUGUUGACCUAAGCAGUUCAUGUUUUGAUGCCUCAACGGGAGACCCAGAAGGUUUUGAUUUCUUUCUGUUUUUGAAAAAGGAUCGUGUUGCCGUCGUUUUCAUAUUCGUAUAUUUCCCUGACUUUAGUUUGUCGGCAUCAAAGCUUGGCCCUUGGUGCUGGGUCCUUAGAAGUAGCCUCAUGGUUGGCUCCUAAGUUUCAGGCUCCCUGUAACUUGGUUUCCAGUAUUUUGUGAGCGGAGAAAAUUCAAGCCGGGAGAAAAGGAUACUCUGUGCAAGACAUUUUAUGGUGUCUAAUUGUCCCUAUUUUUAUUGAUACGAAAGCAAGACUCAGAGAAAGUGAGGUGACUUGAUGAUAAGUCAAAAUUCCUGUUUUUUUCCCCGAAACCAUGCUGCCAUUGACAACUGCUCUUCUUCUCUGAGGGAGUGAGAAAAUGGGGGUGCCAGCCGAGCUAGCUCGAGUCUUUCAAGGAGGCGCUGGUUGAUUGAAUAUGGAGUCGAAGAGGAACAGGCUUUGCAGAUCAGGGGGAGUCACUCCACAGGCGAGAGCUUUUAUCUCCCUUUCAGGCUGGCCUCAGGUGACAGGCACUUCUGGCUAUGAACUUUACUUGCCACCGCCGGAUUUUGCCGGGGGACAGUGAAAAGCUGCCAUGAGAGCUGACUUGAGCAGUUCUGUUCCUCCUUCCAUCAGCCACAUGAAGGAGGACGCUUUGAUGUUAGAAGUAGUUUGUGCGGUAGAAUUUCUCAGCAUGAAAGGCCUUCGGUUGCGUUUAGAGGUGUUGGGCCAGAACCCCAUCAGGGGUUGAGCUUCUUCUUGGGGCUCAGGUUCCCUUGAAGAUCUGCCAUCUCUCCGGGGUUAUUUGAGGAAAUCAUGUGUGGUUAUAGCUUCCCUAAAUGAACAUGACCUCAGGGCCCCUGGCCUGUGCUGAACUUUCUGACCGACUCGAAGCAGUAGAGCAGUGUAAGCUUUGUCCUUGUCCCUGUUGAUUCCUUGGUGGCUGCUUCACCAGCUACCAGCAUUUGAAGAUAAGAGGAAGAAGCCUGGGGAAGGGGGAGAUUGAAUAGACUGGCCGGCUGCUUUUUUUUGGCUGUGCUCAUGGUAUGCACCAGUUCCUGGGCCAGGGCUCAAACCUAAGCCAUGGCAGCGACAAUGCCGAAACUCCCAGCCAACCAUGUUGAAGUCGAUUUGCAGCCUUGAUUAUAGAACAUGAAAAGAUUUACCUGGUAUUCCAGCAUCUUAUAAGACAAGCAUUCUUUGGCCUGUUAGCUACCACCUGGGAGACAAAGAGACCAUAUAGAGUUAAAUCCUUCAUUUGCCCUUGGAGACAGAGGAGCUGUGGUGAGAAUCCUGAAAGCCGCAUUCUGUGACCACUGGCUCCUCUUCUUGAGUCAGGCACAGCAAAGCCCUCUUUGGCCAGUCUGUUUUCCAGUCCGUGCCAGAUUACUUUGAAUAACCCUGGUCGGCCAGGCGACACAUGGCCCAAUGGCCCAUGAUUUUUUAAAUUCCUUUCUAUGGCUGUUGCUUCUUUGAGUCAGUCCUUAGCAGGAUCCAACGUGCCUUGUAGGUUAAGAAAGAAAAGUAUGUUUGCAGGCUUUCUGAGGUCCUUAUGUACCAGGAAUGCGUGGAAAGCUCACAUCAGUGAUACUGAUGUAGGGUCUUCCCGGAAAGAACAGGAGAGUUUCACUUUGGAUCCGUCUGGAAUAGUGCCCGGGAUUUGGGGCGGGCCUGCCUUUGCUUUUGUUAUUAUGGUUUUGAUUAGGGAGCGAAGAUUGUUUUAUGCUAGGCAUUAUGCUAAGCUCUGGGGCAGCUGAGAUGACGAGGACAUGGAUCUUGUUCUCCAGGAAUGUGUAAUUCUUUAGCCAGACUCUAGUUGAGAAAAAGAAGCAGAUUUAUGAGUUAAAGCUACCUGCGCAGUUGUCAGCGUCGCUGCCGAGGGGUGUCUCCCCCACAGAGCUGAAUGAAGCACUUUUUUAGUCUAAGGGGGGAUUCACACUAGUCCUCUAGCCCUGAGUGCCAGGCUGUUAGAAUUGUGCCCAUAGUCUGGUCCCUCCUGCCUCUCCUGCACGUAUCCUGCCUCCCCAGGGCUGUGUCAUGUUGGUUCUUCCUAUGAACAGGGCUGUAAUUGAUUUGUCCUUCCCUGGGGGGAGAAUAAUAACAUUCAGAAUAAAUGAGACAACAGAUGCAAACUACUCAGCACAAUGCCUAGUACAUAUUAGGCACUCAGCAAAUGUCACUGUCCUUUAUUUCAUGGUGAGACUAGAGGCAAAGAGUAAGACUCUUAUUAAUUUGCGCUCCUUCAAUGCUAGAGGCCCGGGCAGUGUAAAUUACCUUUUAAAAUGCGACCCUCUAUUUUGUUGCUUCUCGAAUGCAUUUUAAAUAACAGUUUCUGUUCACGGUCUUUUUAAAAAUACCUACUUGAUAUAAUCAUGGGUGACUCUUGUGUGGUGCAGGUGCCUCCACCUGUUUUAAAAAAAAAAAAAGUAUUUGCAUAUUUUGAUACAUUUCAAAAAAGAAAAAUUAUUUUCUAUCUUAGAGGAAGACAAUGACACUUCAGAAGGGUGAUUCAGUUAUAGGUUUCCGUUGGCCACCCUAAAGGAGCCCCUGGGUCGGUCAGACAUUCGCUCUCCCCUUCUCCCGAUUAAAUGCAUUAACUUCGUGCUGGCUUGAGUCCAGCUUCAUCUCAGUCGCUGGCCUUUGUGAACCUCUGGCGCCAUCACUGUUCUCUAAACCCAUCUCCUGCUUCUUCUUCGUACCAUGCCCCUUCAUCGUGGAAUGAGGAGAUACUCUACGGUGGGUCUUCUUUUUAAGCUUUCUUUUUUGAAAAUACUUUUUUAAAGGAAAUCUACUGGUUAGAUUUUUGUCUCACAAAAAAUGUUUUUAGAGAUUAUUUUGUUCAUAAAUGUUUCUUUCUCAUGCUGAUGAUCAACUGAUUUUUUUUUGUCUACAAACGUUGGCCUAUCACAGUAUUUUUUCAAUAUAGAUUCUAUUUACCAAAUGACCAUUUUAGUGUUUUUAAAAGGUACUGAGGAUUGCGAUAUGUAAAUCAGGUGACAUAAAUAUGAAAAUUAUGUGCCUAAAUAUUUUUGUAAAGAUAUCCAAUAAAUAACUUUUUCUUCAA